AUGUCCCUCAGGAAGAGCAAUGAGCUUUGGGAGCUGGGAGAAGACCUGGACAAAGCCCAGGGCCUGCUGGAUGCCCUGCAGUCCAGGGCUGAGGAGGAGGAGGAGGAGCAGGUUCCAUCUCCCUGGUCUCUUCCCUCUCUGUCCUCUUCCUCCCCUUCCUUUUCUUUCUAUGGCCUCCUUGGCCCCCCAGAGGAGGGGUCUACUCCUGAGGGUCCCCAAGUCCUCUCCAGAGCUCUCAGAGUGCCGUCACGUCCCCCUAUGACGGGGCAGCCAGGGGCCUUGGCCAGCCCCAGCCUGCCAGCCCCUACAGCCCAGGGGAGGUGGGCUCAAGCGGAAGUGAAGGGCAGGAAGAUGCUGACCCGUACCCCUGUGGCUGGGCAUCCAUUGGCCUUGGCCAGCCCAGCCUGCUGGCCCCAAUGGCCCAGGGAUGGUGGGGUCAAACCACCUGAACAGCAGGAAGAUGAGCAGCCCCAGGGCACUUUUCAUGUGAAGACGGCUGCGCUGGUGAAGUUCCUGCUCCUCAAGUAUCGCACCAAGCAGCCCACCAACAAGGCAGAGAUGCUGGAGGUCAUCACCCCAGCAUUCCAGGAUGACUUCCCCGUCAUCUUGAGUGAAGCGUCCAUAUGCUUGCGCCUGGUCCUUGGCCUAGACGUGACUGAAGUGGAUCCCAGGGAGGACUCCUACGACCUCAACAUCGUCCUGGGCCUCACCUGGGAUGGGAUGGUGAGCGGUCAGGGGGACCUUCCCAAAACCAGCCUCCUGGUGCUGGUCCUGGGGUUGAUCGUCCUGGAGGAUGACUGUGCCCCGAGGAGGAGGGACCUCCUCACCAAUGUCUGGGUGCAGGAAGGCUACCUGGAGUGCCGGCCGGUGGCGGGCAGCGACCCUGUCCGCUACGAGUUCCUGUGGGGGCCCAGGGCCUACGAGGAAACCACCAAGUUGCAGGUCAUGGACUAUGUGUUCCAAGUCAGUAGCAGCCUCGUGGUUUCCUCCCUGGCCCUGUGUGAACAGAUUCUGAGAUAA